CGUCCGAAAAUCGCGCGCGCUUUUCGCCGAUGGACGAAACGAAAUCAUGAAUUUCACAGAUUUUUUGUUUAACGGAACAAAUGCGACCACGCUGCACGAAUUUAGCGCAAUCGAGCUGGUGCAGUUGUACUAUACACCGAUUCUCGUCUAUUUGGGUACUAUUGGAAAUGCGCUAUCGAUGGUGGUGUUUUUCAAGACCAAGCUGAAGAAGCUCUCCUCGUCGUACUAUUUGGCAAGUUUGGCGCUGAGUGAUAGUGUUUUCUUGUUGUCGCUCUUCGUGGUCUGGUUAAAUAUGGUCGAUGUCAACUGGUUCAACCAACAUGGUGUUUGCCAGUUGAUGGUUUACUUGACUGGAGCGUGCAGCUUUUUGAGCGUUUGGUUGGUGUUGGCGUUUACAGUUGAACGUUUCAUCGCUGUACGCUACCCCUUACUAAGACAGUCCGUCUGUACGGUUUCGCGAGCAAAAAUGAUCAUCUCAAUUCUGGUAGUGUUAUCGAUAUUAAUAUUUUCGCCCCUCCUGUUAUUUGCACGCGUCCAGGUGGUGCCUCAGAAGACGACCGAAUUGUGCACGAUCGACUCAGAUUUCGAAAAUUUCGCAACCGUCUUUAAUAUAAUCGACACGGCUGUCACGUUUGUGAUUCCCGUUUUUGUAAUCGUGAUUUUAAACACUUGCAUCAGCCGCACGAUUUGGAAAUUGGGCAGCGUACGCCGAAAGUUAACAUAUCGAGGCGCCCUUCCUGAGGUUCCAACGCACAGCAAGAGAGAAAGCACGAAAGGUUGCCGCGUAAAACCGUCUGUCCAUCUGUCUCAGAAUAAAAUAACAAAAAUGUUGUUAGUGGUGUCCACGGUAUGCUUGUGCUUAAAUUUCCCCAGCUAUUUAAUGAGAGUGCUCACAUAUUUGAUCGAGCUGAGAGUAAUCGAAGACGUCAACAUUCCACUAUUUCUUACAGUGCAACAUUGCUGCCUGCAACUAUUUAAUACGAACUUCGGAAUUAACUUCGUUCUUUACUGCAUAAGCGGUCAAAAUUUCCGGAAGGCCAUGCAGUCACUGUUUUGCAAAAGAAGACUCGGACGAACAGGAACCACGGCAUUUACAGUUUCAGAAAGUCGAACUCAAUCGAGCGCGUCAUCAAUUACGAAAAAAAGGAAGAACACCAACACCACAAAUAAUGGGAUAGAGCAAGAACUAAUGACGAUUCAUGUGUACAACUAAAUGAUCCCAGUGGUCCCCUCUAUGUAUCUCUCAGGUUGAGGCAGGAAACGCAAACGUGAAAGAUGUUCCGAUAUAAAAAUCCAACGUACAAUUAUAAAC